GGCGACGGCUCGGGCGCGGCGCGGCGGGCGGCACGAGUCGCCCCGCCCGCGGAGGCAGCAGCGGCGGCUCUGGCGCGGCGCGCGGCGGGCUCGGCUGGGGCCGUGACGGCCCGCCCAGCGCCCUGGCUGACGCAGCGGGCGGCGGCGGGGGCAGUGACGGCCCGCCCAGCGCCGUGGCUCGCGGAGCCUGCGGCUAGCCCAGCGCCGCGCCCGCGGUUGGGGCUCGGCGCGCCUGCGGCGAAGAAGCGGCCGACCGCGGCCGCGGAGGCGGCCGACGAGCCGCGCCGGCGAGCGAUCCGGUGCGCGGGCGAGCCGCACCAGCCGAGCCACCCGCCGUGGGAGCGCGCAGGCGGGCCGCCGCUGGCGCUCACGUGCGCGGGCGAGCCGCGGCCGCCGAGCACCCCGCCCACCGAGAAGCAGAGGUGGGCCGCGUGGCUGCAGCAGAUGGCGGCGGAGCGAAUCGAGUCCGACGAGUCCGACACCGUGGUCGAGCACGACGACUACGAGCAGCUGGAGCCCAGUGAGGUGCCCGACGCGCCCCCGCAGGGUAGCGGCUUCUGGGCGUAG